CUCAAGCCUUCUCCUGCCUUCUCUGCCCACAACCAGGGCCCCUCCACACCACACCCAUGGCCUGCUACGACCUCUGCCGCCCCUGCGGACCCACCCCGCUGGCCAACAGCUGCAACGAGCCCUGUGUCAGGCAGUGCCAGGACUCCACCGUCCUCAUCCAGCCCUCCCCCGUCCGCAUCACCUUCCCAGGGCCCAUCAUGACCUCCUUCCCCCAGAGCUCCGCCGUCGGAUCCACCGCAGGGGCUGCCCUGGGCACGGAGCUCAACGUCCAGGGACAGCCCAUCUCCGGCGGCUUUGGGGCCGCAGGCUACGGCCUGGGCUAUGGCCGUGGCUUUGGCUACGGCCUGGGAGGCCUGGGCUGCUACGCCAACAGGGGCUGCUACAGCACCUGCUGA